AUAUAUACAAUUGAUGAUCGUGCUAGUAAUGUGACACGACACUUUAUUAUUAUCAGCCAUUUUGAGAAUGAAAAAUUAAAUUCUUAUCCUUAUGAAUCGGAUAAUACUAUGUUAUUCCCUCUACUUGUGUUGUGUCUAUUUACUUUGUUCAUUGGUUCUAUAGGAAUUCCUUUAAGUCAAGAAGUAGGGGAUUUAGAUAUAUUAUCUAAAUGGUUAACUCCGUCUAUAAACCUUUUUCCCCAAGAAUUGAAUAAUUCGAUGAAUUG